AGAUGAUGGGCCAUGUCGUGGCCCGGACACAGCUGAUCCUCUCUAGAAGUAACUUCGCCGAUUGUAGUAUACGGUGUCAGGGCUUGAGGGUUUCAAAAACCCUAAGAAUGGGGUCGCAGCAGCAGUCAAAGCGACCCACUUGCCCUUCUUGCGCUAAACCCACUCAGCUCUGCCUCUGCAACCGGUUCCGAUCUCCGAGUCUUGAUAAUCAGGUGAGUGUUACUAUUCUGCAGCAUAGCCUCGAGAGAAAACACGCGCUUAACUCAACUCGAAUCGCUAGGUUAGGGCUUAAGAAUGUUACUGUCACCACCGUUUUCGAUGUCCAUGACGAGGCAGAGUUCUUGAUAAGGGUUAAAGGUGCCUCCUUGGAGCUUGUUGAUAGCUCAAAGUUAGAAUCUGACAAGAAAGCGUUGCCUGUUGAUAAUGGAAGCUUAAAAAUGGGUGAAAGUUUGAAGCUUUAUCAACAUUUAGAUUCUUGUGAAGAAAGCAUAUCAGAGGAUUUGAUGAGAAUCUCUAUGAAGAAACGAGGUGUAAUCAGCAAUGUCUCCACCUCUUUGAUGGAAGAUGCUAGUUUUGAUGGAAUAUUGGCUUCUCCUUCAGCCAUGGAUGUCUUGGCAAAAGGGUUUGUGGUAACAAAGUUCUCUGAAGGGAAGCAAGAGUUUGAGCUCGAGGUUCCUAUUGGAUCAGCGUUGUUGUUCCCUAGCGAAGAUUCUGUGAUGAUCAAUGAUCUUAAAGAGAGAGAGCUGAAGGUAAAGAAUCUGAUUGUUCUUGACGGGACAUGGUCCAAGGCGAGGAGAAUGUACGUUGAGAACCCGUGGCUGAAGCUUUUGUGUAGCCAUGUGAAGCUGGAAAUUGAAGGUGCAAGUUUGUACAGAGAAGUUAGGAGGCAGCCGAGAGAGGGGUGUUUGUCGACAAUAGAGAGCAUUGUAUACGCGAUGAAGGAGAUGGGUGAAGAUAGUGAAGGUUUGGAUAAUAUGUUGGAUGUUUUUGAAUCCAUGGUUGGUGAUCAAAGAAGAUGUAAAGAUGAGAAUUUUGUAAAAAUUCCCUGAAAAAGCCAAUGACUUUGCUCUUUUAACAUGUUAAGCUGAAAUAGUUUAUUGUUUUCAGUUUUGAUAGUUAUGCAAAUGUUUCUGAAAGCCAGUGACUUCCCUUUGAA